AUGUGGAUCUGGACAUCUCGUCGCCUUCAACAACAGCAGAAAGUAAUAGCAUCUGCCGUCAGCUCUCAACCUAUCAAUGUCAACAGGACCUACUUCCAGAAUCGACUGAUGACCUCAGUGAAACAAUUCAAUGGCAAGGAUUUCAGUUUGAGGAUUGUCCCGAUUUUGUUUCAAGAUGCCGGAACUUACAGAUGUUCAAUAGGAGCAUAUCCAUAUCUGACAAUUGAUCUAAUCACCGUGAAAGUCACAGCUGAAAUGUCUGAUCCAGUGACUGAGGGAGACACCGUUACACUGACCUGCUCUGUGUCUCACGUUACUGAGUCAAUGAGACUGGUUUGGAUCAAUGGCGAUGGCAAAAGUGUUGGCGACAUGUCACUGACUGUGGAAGAGAAAUCACUGAGUCUGGCUAUUCAGAAAGCUGAGAGAGGCAGAGGGAACUGGAGAUGUGGUUUGUUUCAUCAAGAUCAGCCCCGGCUUUUUGUCCCGUACUAUCAGGAGCCCCGUGGAUGUGGAGAUUCUAUUUACUUUUUCCACCAGGAAGGCAACUUUGUAUUGAAAGGACCAGACAGUCCUGGAAAUGGCCCCAUUGUCUGGGAAUGGAGGCCACACUCAGGGCAACAAACCACAAAGCGAUUGGCUACUUUUCACAGAGAAGAUCAGCAGUGGGCCGUACAAUGGAGUGAUGAGUACAAUCGAACACCAGGCAUUUCCCAGAGCAUGCGUGCGGGCUGGGGUACCCUUAAUCUGAGGAUCAAGAUGCUCCCCUUUGAACUUGCGGGUCUGUUCACCUGGACUCAAACAGAGCCCACUAGGAAAAUCCUGAGACAGUGGGAACUAUUUGGGAUCAAAGUUGAGGCAGGACUCACCAAGCUGUACAUCUCCAGACUCCCAGAUACCGUCAGUCUUCACUGGAAACCAAGAGGCUCAGCUCAGCAGAACACAAGGAACAACGCUGAUCAGAUCCGUCUGAAUAACAUCGUCUAUCUGAUGGUCCAACACGUUGGAGCAGGAAAUCCCAAUCUGUACACAUGGGAAGUGCAGGAAAAUGGCUCCAUUGUUCUCACUGGAGACACCAAUGUUGAAGUGGAUCAGGAUUUACACAACAAGACAUACACAGUUUAUCGCUCAGUCACGGAUCACAGUGAACUCAACCUGAUUUGUGAAGCUUCUCCUGAGCUCAGUGAAACCAAAUGGACUUGGAGAUCACGUUUCCAGAAUAAAGAGAAGUCUACUCUCAGGUCUGUGCCGAUCCAUGUCAACAGGAGCUACUUUGGGAAUCGACUGGAAACCCCAGAGGGAAAUGUGAAUGGCAAGAAUUUCCAUGUGAGGAUUGUCCCCGUGCAGUUUGAAGAUGCUGGAGUUUACACAUGUUCCACGGGAUCAAAUAAAUAUGUGACUAUAGAACUAAUCACAGUUACAGUCACGACUGAACCAUCUGGUGCAGUGACUGAGGGAAGAAACAUUGCACUGACCUGCUCUGUGUCUCAUGUCACUGAGUCAAUUAGACUGGUUUGGAUCAAUGAUGAAGGCAAAGUUGUAGAGGAGAUAAAUCUCAUGCAAACAAAGCAGGAGGACAAUUCUUUGCAGCUGAUUAUUGCAAAAGUUGAUGGAAGAAGGAACUGGACAUGUGUUUUGUUUCAUCAAAGCACAGCCAAGGUUUUCAUUCCAUAUUAUCUGCAGGUGAAAAGAUUGCGAUAA